AUGGAAGCCAACGUUGGGGUCUUCUCCGAGGGGCUGGCGGCGAUCCCCAAGCUGCCGCCGGCGGAUACCAAGAACAGCCAGAGCGUCGCCGCCGCAGGAGCCGCUGUCGAUUUGAAGCCCAAGAAGAGGAUCUGCUGCGCCUGCCCGGACACCAAGAAGCUGCGGGAUGAGUGCAUCGUGGAGCACGGCGAGGCCGCCUGCGCCAAGUGGAUCGAAGCCCAUCGCAUGUGCCUCCGGGCCGAGGGAUUCAACGUCUGA